AUGAUCACCACGACGACGACGACCAUUCCCAGCGGCGAAAAUCCUCUAUCGUUGAUAUUCUUCGACCUCAUUCGCGUCGCCGCGUCGAAUUCUUCUUUAUCUCGUCGUCGUCGCAACACACACGUCAACAAAAAUGAUGAUUCUAAAAAAAAAACGAAUCUGAUCUCGGUCAACGCAUUAAAAUCAUCAUCUUUGGUGUCGUCGGAGGAUGACGACGACGACGUAAGCGACGAGAACAACAACAACACGAACAACAACAACACUUACUUUUCCGAUGAUGAAAAGUCAAAGUCGUUCACGAACGCGACGAAAGCGGUUCGUCGAUUGCGGUUUCUCUUGAAACACCCGAGAGUGAAAGAAAAAUUAAUAAUAGUAAAAGGAGGCAAAAGUACCGCCGCGGAUGCUGCUUCCUCGUUGUUGUUGAAAACGAUAUUACCGCAAAGGUACAUGAAAUCGACGCUUUCUUCCGUCAGACGAGUCAGACGAACGACAACAACAACAACCGCGAAGAAAAGUUUGAACGUACAAAAACAUCCCGGAUGGUAUCGUCGAUGUGCCGUCGUCGUCGACGAUAACGACAACGCGAAAAAGAAGAAACGGAAAGAAGACAUCGCGAGAUUAGAAACGACGUUGGAGCGAUUAAAGUUGACGUUGGAAAUGGCGGAGAAGCGAGCGAGAGACGAGAUGGAACGAAUAAUACUAAUCGGAAAUGAAAGGGAGGACGAAAGGCAAGAAGCGGAAGAAGAGGACGACGACCACUUGGUUCCGUUUUUGACUUUGAAGAAGGAACGGCGGCGACCCGAAGAAGAAGAAGACAAAGAAGAACGACAAAAGAAUACCAAGCUAUUAUUAGUCGCCGCCGCUCGAUGA